UGCUUAUAUUACUUACAGAAUAUUAAGCACAUUUUUAUCAACCAAGUCUUUUUGCAGUUUCUUCAAACUUGAAGUGCUAUUAUGACCCCAGUCUGUGGAAGAAGUACAUGUUUUUAUGUAUAAAUAAUAUUAAUUCCUCUGAAAAGUAACGAGUGACUAAAGUUCUGAAAUAAAUGUAGUGGCAUAAACAGUAUAACAUUUGCCUCUGAGAUGUGAAGUUGUGUUUAAGAACAUUACUUGAGUAAAUGUACUGAGUCACUCCACCACUGAUUACUGGGAUAUAAUUAGUCAUGUGGAAGCAUCAGGUUAAUGUUGCAGCUGGAGACAAUGAUACAUGUUUCUACGUUUUAUGCUAAUGAUCUGAAUCAGUGAAAGAGCCAGCUGUAGAGUAAAAACUGCGGUAUUUACUGCUGCUAUAUUGUGGAUACAUGUUGUUGUAGUUACUUUCUACCUGUUGUCGUAAACUAAAAACAUGCACUGUAUGAGUUCAUACGAAAUUAGUGCAAGGUUUGUGUGUGCGCGUGCAUACGAGCAGUUCAGUCAUGGUGGUGGUGCUGAUGCAGGGCACGGGGGCGCGCCGCGGCACCGUGCCUGGAGCGCGCCUUUAUUGCAAGUCAGGGCGAUGCGGCUGUCUCUGCGCAUCCUCUCCGGGCUCUCCCUCUGCAAACCGGGCUGCACCUUCCGACCGUGCCCCCGCCGUUAACAAACACAAACACACAUCAGUCCGCGGUGUCUGCACGGCCGUCGGUGUCACCGCUGCACAGGGAGGCCCGUGCUCUGAUGCCUGAGCUCCUCGUCGGGACGCAGCGCUGCGGUUGAUCCGGUUUGGCCAUGGCGCAGCCGAGGAAACCUGGAGAUACUCGGCUCGGGUGAAGGACGCGUUGCGCAUCAGAGGUUUCUAAACUUUACCUGCGGCGAGGAAACCAGUAAGCCCGACGUCUCACCCCCGGGAAACGGUUUGUUUGCCAGUUUGUUUGUCCCUGUUGUGGCAAAUUCCGAACUCUCAGCUGGCCCGGGACGCAGGGAUUGUCAUCAAGGCCCCGCCGGAGGUCCCUGAACCUCAGUUUUAGGCACCACCCCACCUGAAACAGACAGAUCCUCGCUUGUUUCGUAGCCUGUUUGUUUUUGUUCCAUUAUUUUGAGGGGCGGUGUGAACAGAGCCGGCAGCAGCAGCAGACAUGGUGGACGCAGCGGAGUGCGGGGUCAGAGUGAUGUGCCGCUUCAGGCCCCUGAACGAGGCCGAAAUCACCCGAGGAGACAAAUACAUCCCCAAAUUCAAAGAGGACGACACCGUGGUCAUAACGGGUAAACCGUACGUGUUCGACCGCGUGCUGCCUCCAAACACGUCACAGGAGCAAGUGUACGACCAGUGUGCCAAACAGAUAGUUAAAGAUGUGCUGGGCGGUUACAACGGGACCAUCUUCGCCUACGGACAGACGUCCUCUGGGAAGACACACACCAUGGAGGGCAAACUGCACGACCCCCAGCUGAUGGGAAUCAUCCCUCGCAUUGCCCACGACAUCUUUGACCACAUCUACUCCAUGGACGAGAACCUGGAGUUUCACAUCAAGGUCUCAUAUUUUGAAAUCUACUUGGAUAAAAUCAGAGACCUGCUGGAUGUGUCGAAGACGAAUCUGGCCGUGCAUGAAGACAAAAACAGAGUGCCCUACGUCAAGGGGUGUACUGAGCGUUUUGUGUCCAGUCCAGAGGAGGUGAUGGAUGUUAUUGAUGAGGGCAAAGCCAAUCGACAUGUGGCAGUGACUAACAUGAAUGAGCACAGCUCUCGCAGUCACAGCAUCUUCCUCAUCAACAUCAAGCAGGAAAACAUCGAGACGGAGAAGAAACUGUCGGGGAAGCUGUACCUGGUCGACCUGGCCGGCAGCGAGAAGGUCAGUAAGACAGGAGCAGAGGGGGCGGUGCUGGAUGAGGCCAAGAACAUCAACAAAUCUCUGUCAGCGCUGGGAAACGUCAUCUCAGCUCUGGCCGAGGGAACAAAAACCCACGUGCCGUACAGAGACAGUAAGAUGACCCGGAUCCUGCAGGACUCUCUGGGAGGAAACUGUCGCACCACCAUCAUCAUCUGCUGCUCGCCGUCCAUCUACAACGAAGCAGAGACCAAGUCCACGCUCAUGUUUGGACAGAGAGCCAAGACCAUCAAGAACACAGUGUCUGUGAACCUGGAGCUGACGGCCGAGGAGUGGAAGAAGAAAUUUGAGAAGGAGAAAGAGAAGAACAAGAGCCUGAAAAACAUCAUCCAGAAGCUGGAGGCUGAACUCAACCGCUGGAGGAACGGGGAGAACGUUCCUGAGGAGGAGCAGCUGAGCUCUAAAGACCAGAAGAGCGUUGAGCCAUACGACAACACUCCCAUCAUCGACAACCUGCUGCCAGCCGGAGGAGGCGUCUCCGUCUCCAGCAAGGAGCAGAGCAAGUACGAGGAGGACAUCAGCAACCUGUACAAACAGCUGGACGACAAGGAUGAUGAGAUCAACCAACACAGCCAGCUGGCUGAGAAACUCAAGGAGCAGAUGAUGGAUCAGGAGGAGCUGUUGGCGUCAACGCGGCGCGAUUACGAGAAGAUCCAGGAGGAGCUGUGCCGGCUGCAGACGGAGAAUGAGCUGGCCAAGGAGGAGGUGAAGGAGGUGCUGCAGGCCUUGGAGGAGCUGGCUGUCAACUACGACCAGAAGAGCCAAGAGGUGGAGGAGCGAGAGCAAACCAACCUGCAGCUGACCGAGGAGCUGCAACACAAAACGGCGUUGCUGUCGGCGGUGCAGAGGGAGCUGGGUCAGUUGCAGGAGCUGAACGGCCUGCAGAGGAAGAGAGCCGCCGAGGUCCUCAACCUGCUGCUGCGAGACCUCAGUGACAUCGGCGCCAUCAUCGGCACCAGCGACGUCAAGGCCACUGUGUCCUCAGAGAUGAAGGGGAACGGCUCGGCAGUGGAGGAGGAGUUCACUGUCGCUCGCCUCUACAUCAGCAAGAUGAAGUCUGAGGUCAAGUCAUUGGUCAACCGCAGCAAGCAGCUGGAGAGCGCUCAGGCCGACGCCCACCGCAAGAUCCAGGCCAAUGAGAAGGAGCUGGCAUCUUGUCAGCUGCUCAUCUCCCAGCACCAGGCCAAGAUCAAGUCUCUGACGGACUACAUGCAGAACAUGGAGCAGAAGAAGAGGCAGCUGGAAGAGAGUCAGGAUGCUCUGACUGAGGAGCUCGCCAAACUGCAGGCUCAGGAGAAAAGACACGAGAUGUCCGGACUGGAGAAGGAGAAGGAGGACAUCAGCAGACUGGAUGGAGGCGAUGCGAUCAAGAAAACACUGGAGGAGCAGCUGGAGAACCACAGGGAGGCUCAUCAGAAACAGCUCAGCCGCCUCCGAGACGAGAUCGAAGACAAGCAGAGGAUGCUGGAUGAGCUGACAGAUCUAAACCAGGGUCUGUUACUGGAGCAGGAGAGACUCAUGUCGGACUAUGACAAACUGAAGGCUGAAGAGCAGGAGAAGGAUGCAAAGCUUCAGAAACUCAUGCUGCUGAAUGAACAGCAGGAACAGGCAAGAGAGGACUUGAAGGGGCUGGAGGAGACUGUGGCCAAAGAGCUGCAGACUCUUCACAACCUCCGCAAACUCUUCGUUCUGGACCUCACCACACGGGUUAAGAAGAGUGCAGAGAUGGACUGUGAGGAAGGGCUUGGCAACAUCGCCCAGAAACAGAAGAUCUCAUUCCUGGAGAAUAACUUGGAGCAGCUCACAAAAGUCCACAAGCAGCUGGUUCGAGACAACGCAGACCUUCGCUGCGAGCUGCCCAAGCUGGAGAAGCGUCUUCGUGCCACAGCCGAGCGAGUCAAAGCCCUGGAGAAUGCCCUGAAGGAGGCAAAGGAGAAUGCCAUGAGGGACCGCAAGCGCUACCAGCAGGAAGUUGACCGCAUCAAGGAGGCUGUGCGAGCCAAGAACAUGGCCAGGAGGGGAUACUCUGCUCAGAUUGCAAAACCAAUCCGUCCAGGCCACCAUCCACUGUCAUCCCCUAUCAGCAGCUGCAUCAGAGCUGGAAGCAUCUACACCCACAACAACUAAAAUCACAACAGCAAGUUAACCCUACAGACCAUGAGCAACUCAAAGCAUGCCAAUCACCCCACCUGGAACCACAAGCCCCACCCCUCCUGUUGGAGCACCAGUAGGAGGCCAUCACCACAGACUGUCAUCGCUCGGAGGACCGAAACAUACACAGUGCAAAUACUGAUAUGAGAUGUAAACACAUUUCAUUUGCUGAAUGUAGAUAUCAGAGGCCUCACUUAUAACAUGUUGUGUUUAGGUCCUAAAUUACACUCCGGACUUUACAUCGUUUGAAGUGUAACAUUCAUAAAUGAGGCCCUGAAUUUCUGAAGGAUUACGACAUGAAUUAGAAGUUUAGCAGGAGACUUGUUGCAUCAUUUUGUUUAUGAUCUAUGAAUGCGACGUAUACAUUUCUACAGCUUUCCGAAGCUUGAGGAGCCAGGCAGAACAGGUAGACCUGUAGAUUUAUAAUUUAAUCUUAAACCAGCAUUAAUACACUUAAAGGAAUAGUUUGACAUUUUGGGAAACACUCUUAUUCGCUGUCUUGCCAAGAGUCUUGCCAAGAAGGGAGGGUGGGGUGGGUGGUUAACAGUCACAGCCACUGCAGCUAAAGCAGGACCUUUGAGGGUUUCUUGCCCUGAUAAAGCUGAAGGUUACAGCAAGAGUUAUAGUUGAGGUGGAAAUGAAAUUCAGUCACUUUAUACAUUUAAAAACACACUUGCAGCAAAAACAUAUCGACACACAGCUCAUUAGACUGCUAGCAGGAUUAGCUCACAUGUUUCCCCCACCACUGAACAUGCCCCUGAUUGCAUUUCUGUACUCACAUCUUGUGCUAUUUUCUGAGUUGUUGCUCUUUUUUGACAUUUUCCCAGUUAUGGUUACCUCUCUGAUCUCCCUACAGGUGACAAUCAUCACAAACGAAGCUUUAGAAAUUAUCUGAUGACUCCUGCUAAAAUAUUGUCAGAGGGAUUUGGAAAGUGAAAAAGCCUAAAAUGACAUUGGGUUCUGGCCUCUAAAGUCAGAAAUAGAAACUCCAGACAUCUUAUUUUUUCAGCCUGUAUUGUACUGGAGCUCUGCAGGGACACUGACCAGCCAAUCAGAUGUUCCUCGGACUAAGAGAACAAUACUACAGUCUAAUUCAUUUAAGGCCUUUUUUAAAUUUCUCCCACAUUAUCUCAGGAUGUAGAGUCUUGUAAUGUUUUGCACUCAGUCUAUAAAGUUCCUGAUCAUCAAGUCAGAAUCACGAUGGAGUCAGAAUAGUGCAUUUCUCUCAGUCCAACAAAAACACUAAAGUGGACAAAUUUAGUCAUUUUGUCUUGAAAUUUGCCUCCCUCUGAUUGGCUGAAAUUUGCCUCCCUCUGAUUGGCUGAAAUUUGCCUCCUUCUGAUUGGCUGAAAAGUCUGUUUUUCACUCUGCCACACCUUGUGCCUUUAGAAACAUCUGGACCAUCAGAAUAACAGACUUCCACUAGUUUAUCUUUGUUCAGCACCUUCAGAAUUAUGGAAUUAACUUAUAUUUACAUAUAAAUGACCCUCAAAGAUUUAAUAUAUAAUAACUUCCACUUCCUCAAAGCAAAAGGUUGUAGUCAAUGAGACCCCUUCACCCUGUAAUCAGAUAUAUUAGUCUGUGCUGCUUUCCUUUGCGCUGCCAGCUGAGCAUGUUUUUGAAUGUACAUUGUUAUCUCGGUGGAGAGCGGUGAUAUCCUGGGCAACUUUUUAGGCAACAGAGCUUCAGAGUAGUUGCUUUGGUUGCCCCAGAUGUUGCCAAAGAACAUCACAACUCUGAGCCAGAUUAUCAGCUUCCUUAUCUGACUUUUAAUUGUUUGAUUGUGGUUGUUUUGACUGAGCAGUCGCACUGUACAUGAUGAAUAAAUGAAUGUAACUGCAUGGACUAGAGCUUGUGUUAAAGGCAUGCUCAGGGAGGACAAACUGAGGCAAUUUGUAUACACGAUGCAUUUACCUCAUCAUGAUGUACAUUUUGAGUUUGCAAAAUGUUUGUUUUUUUAGUUCCCUUCCUUUCUUUUGGCUGUGGCAUCAUAUCUCUGAAUAUACCUACAACAGAUGCAAUUAAAGCUAAUAAAGAUAUAUCUAUUUAACUUUCA